UUGGGGACUUCCCUUUCGGAUGUUUGUUUUCUUUCUUGAAAUUUUCGAGUCGGUUGAAUUUGAAGCUUGGUAGUUCUCGGAUAUUUUGUAGUACGAAAGCUAGAACCGUUGAACAUGGAAGGAUUAAUUCCAGUAGUCAAUAAACUGCAGGACAUAUUUAACAUUGUAGGCAGCGAUUCGUUGCAAUUGCCUCAAAUCGUCGUGGUCGGAGUUCAAAGCAGCGGAAAAAGCUCAGUUUUAGAAAAUUUGGUCGGCAGAGAUUUUCUUCCGCGCGGUACAGGUAUCGUUACAAGAUGUCCUUUGGUGUUGCAAAUGAUUCACACUACAAAUGAAGAUACUGCUCAAUGUUCAAACGAAGGCAGCAGUGGCAAUAAUGAUUCUGAUAGUUCUGGAGAAUCUUUUAAGGAAACCAAUGAAGAAGUAAAAGAGUGGGUGAAAUUUCAACACACCAAGGGUAAAAUCUUCCGCUCAUUUAAACAAGUGAAGAAGGAAAUUGAGCUUGAGACACAACGACUUAGUGGAAACAACAAGGGCAUCUCAAGCGAAGCAAUUCGACUAAAAAUAUUUAGUCCAAAAGUACUAAACCUAACUUUGGUUGAUUUACCCGGCUUAAUGAAAAUACCAGUUGGAGACCAACCAGAUGAUAUAGAAGAGCAAGCACGAAAUUUGAUCCUGAGGUAUAUUUCCAACCCCAAUUCAAUCAUCCUUGCAGUAACGCCUGCAAAUGUCGAUUUUGCGACAUCUGAAGCCUUGCAGAUGGCAAGGAUUGUUGACCCUGAUGGUUGUCGCACAUUGGCAGUUGUUACAAAGCUGGAUUUAAUGGAUGCGGGAACCGACGCAAUCGAUGUUUUGUGUGGCCGUAUUGUUCCUGUCAAGCUUGGAAUCAUUGGGAUUGUGAAUCGCAGUCAGCUUGAUAUUAAUAAAGGAAAAUCAGUUCAAGAUGCAAUUAAAGAUGAACAAGCAUUUCUGCAGAAGAAAUAUCCUUCAUUUGCCAACAGAAGUGGAUCUAGGUACCUUUCUAUUACUCUGAAUCGUUUACUCAUGCAUCAUAUUCGUGACUGCCUGCCUGAUCUCAAAACAAGACUAAACGUUUUGACUUCACAGUACCAGUCACUGCUGUCGACUUAUGGAGAAGAAGUGCAAGAAAAAAGCAUUACAUUGUUGCAGAUUAUCACUAAAUUUGCGACCGAAUACUGCAAUACCAUUGAUGGUACAUCAAAAAUUAUUGAAACUUCAGAAAUUUGCGGCGGUGCUCGUAUUGCCUACAUUUUCCAUGAAACUUACGGGAAAACGCUUGAAUCUGUGGACCCUUUGGGUGGACUCACUGACCUGGAUAUAUUAACAGCAAUAAAAAAUGCAAACGGGUCCAGAUCAUCCUGGUUUGUUCCCGUUUUAUCUUUUGAGCUCUUGGUGAAGCGACAGAUCAAAAGACUGGAAGAGCCUUCUUUGCGAUGCGUCGAGCUUGUGCAUGAGGAACUCCAAAGAAUCGUUCAAAACUGUGGGGGUCAAGAAAUAGUUCGUUUUAUGAAUCUCAGAGAAAGCAUUGUGGAAGUGGUUACUCAGUUGCUGCGGAAAAGACUUCCAGUCACUAAUAACAUGGUUUCACACUUGGUUGCAAUUGAGCUCGCUUACAUCAACACAAAACACCCGGAUUUUGCUGAUGCUAAUGUAAUUUCGGAGCUUUUCUUUAACAACCAUCUGCAGUACCCUGAAAAUCAGAAAAAAGUCCGGCCUGGUGCUCAACUGCGACCAAAGGGUUACAAAGACCAAGCUGAAGGCGAAACAGGAAAGCGACUUUCUUCUAGCGUCCUAUCACUUGAUGCUGCUUUUGCUUCAGUGAAUCCAUUCAGAGGGGCAAAUUUCAACAGCAGCAAUGCUAGUGACUCCGAAAGUGUUAAGAAUGACCAGGUUUCUGUUGCGGAGUCUACAAGUCAUGAGAGUCCUUCAAAAAUGCCGCCUCACCAUGCAGUAAACUUGCUAGAUAUGCCGGUAUCUCGGAAUUUGUCUCAGCGUGAGAAGCGGGACGUUGAAACCAUGAGAAGACUGAUCAAGUCCUACUUCCUCAUCAUUAGGAAGAACAUCCAGGACAGUGUCCCAAAAGCUGUGAUGAAUUUCCUUGUUAACCAUGUGCAGGAGAACCUACAGAGUGAGCUAGUGGGCCAGUUAUACAAGCAUGACCAGAUUGAUCAUCUUCUUACAGAGUCUGAUACCAUCGCCCAACGAAGGGCAGAAGCUGUGUCUAUGUUGAAGGCUCUUCAUUCUGCCAGUCUAGUUAUCAGCGAAAUUAAGGACACCCAUGUAUGGUGAGGACUAAAGAGAUAAUCGAACUAAAACUAUUUGAAUUAAUAUUGGAGUUGCGCAAUGCUAGUUGAACCGAGUGCAUUUUGUGUAUUGUGCUCAAAUAGUGUUACCUUGAUCAUUUCUGGCUGCGACGGUUGAAAAAUGGAUGCAGUACUAAUAAACUUGUAUGAUUAUCUAAAAAAUGACAGCAAUCUUUAUAAUUAAUAUCAGUAACUUUAAAAAUAUAAUUUGCAAUAGUCUUGCUCAUAGGUAUAUUAUAUUAAUAUAUAUAUCCUAUACUAUAGAACUACUGGUAAUUUCUGUGUUUUGUUUACACUACAAUUUCGUUACAAUACGUCGAAAGCAAAACAUAAUGUUAAGGAAAUUGUACAUGUGACAGCAUUACCAGUCUUAUGGCGGUAUAUAUGUCAUUUAUAAACAAUAUAUAUACCUAUUUUCUAAUUUUGCAUGAACAAAAGAAUGUUACUUGUACUGUAAUUCAGUUCCAUUCCAAUGUUGUAUUAUUAUACAAUAGGUUGGGGGAAGAUGAGACACCUUUAUCUCUAUUUUCUCGUCCGGUUUAGUUGUAAACAAAAAACAAUCAAAUAAUUAUAAAACCAUAUCCUCACGACUUCCAUAGACUGUUGUCACUUGAUUAAAACACGAUCAGGAUAUUUGGAUAUUAUGUGCUAAAAGUUCCCUAUCUUCCCCCACCCUACACUAUGUUUGCUAAAAGUGGUAAUUAUUGCCACUGUUGUCUAUUGAAACUAAAAAUCAUUAUAAUAUCUUUUAAUAUGAAAAUUCAAUGUGUUUUGCAAUUGCAUGGUUAAUCUUGGGCGCAUAACAUACUUUUUCAUGUACUUCUUAUGGGCAACUUUAAAUUACUGUUUUUAUUGGUAUAUUCAUGAAGUCUCAGCUUUUUUCGCAACAAACUUUAGAAAACGGAAACUACAUGCUGUUAAACUUUUAAUGGAAUUUGUCAGACAUGUUUUACUGCCAUACAUCACUAUUUCUUCACAAUAUGGGAAAUUUAGGUUACCAUUGGUGGGAAUAUGAUACUUUAUUCUACCAACAUUAGUUUCAUACAAUAAUGUCACUAUAAUUUGCCUCUGAGUCUGAACAUACAGUGUAUGUAUAUUACUUGCAAUGCUGCUGCCACCAAAUUAAUAUAGUAUAAUUGUAGACUCAUUGUAUUACCACCUCUCACAUAAUAGCUACUCUAUAUCUGCCAGCUGUCUGCUUUUUUCUUUAGUAAAUUUAACCGUAAAAAGCACUAAAAUAGGAGAACAUUAACAACAUGUGAUAUUUUGAAUUAAUACCUGGUUGUGCAACCAACAUCACAAUGCGUAUACUGAACCCUCUGUUUUUCUUGGUGUUGUUCUUACCUUAUAUUCUUGUUGUUCUAAGAUUAUAAAACUUUUUAAAAAUCAGGUAAAAUUCAUCAACUCAGUUUAAGGAAAACUUUUAAAAAAAAAUCUUCUUUUUAAAAUUUUUUUAACUCCACUAUUUCUCAAUUGGCUAUUUCAAAUUACUUCACAUGUUUACGAUAUUUAAUAAUGUACUAAAUGUUUGUGUGCUGCGUUAAAUCAUUUUAGGCUAAAAAAUUGAAGCAUGCUUGUAUUACACCAAUAUUAGUGUCAUGCGACAGGAAAAAUGUGUUUCAAAUUAUGUGUAUUCUUAACUAAAUGGCAAUGCAUGUUCUUCUUACUGUGCUCUGUGAUUUCUUUUAG